UGGACCACCCCAGGUAUCUGCGCCGUCACGGUCAUGUUUGGAAUGAGUGACGGCGACCUGCGUAUGGUAGCUAGGGCUAGUCUGUAAUUCCCCUUAUCCAUCACCUCUAUCAUUCACCAUGACUUUACGUGGCUCUGCUUUUGAGAAGAAUAGAGCAGCGGUCGUUCCUGAGGCUGCGCCUCGCUCAAGUGGAAUUACAAAAGAAAAUUUGAGCGACCAAUCCGUGCACGACUCUGAUGAAUACCAAACUCAAGGACGCCAAAGUAAGCCAAUCAUAUCUCUGGAGUCGUCUAUUAGUGCCGACACAUGCGCGUGCAUGCCCGAGAACCCGUUCGCCGACGCAGAGCCUUCAGGUGAUACCCCUAGUUCUGCUACGCGAGAAGAUCCGAUGCACGAUAUCGUGAAAUACUCGCAUGGUGUCACCGCAGAACACAAGCCCAGAGUGGCCCGCGUGUCAGGUAUCGACGGAGCAUGGCCAGAAAGAGCUGAGAUAGUAAAUUCCACUGGAGGUUUUCCCAGGCCUACCAUUUGUCGCGGUACAUUUUCACAGGCAAAGGCUUUCUUUCUGAGGCCAAGUGCCAGCGGUGGUUAUGCGCAGGGUGCUAUCUCGCAGCGGACGCGAAGCCAAGAUAACCCUAUCAAAGACAAGAAUUCGACAGAUUACUUUAAAGUUGACAUACCUCGUGCUCGAAGUCUGAACGGAGGGAUUACAUGCGACCCAAACAACUAUUAAUUUCCACUGGAAGUCGUGAAAAUAAUUAGAUUUUCAAAAAUAAACAAAAUCGUAACUUUGGUCACUCACCCGAUAAAGUAAUGUUAGCUCAUCGUAUUGAGACCUGGC